CGCCCCGGCCGUGCGUGCCCCCGGGGUCCCCCAUGCACCACCUCCUGGAGCCGUCCGCGGACAUGGCGACGGCGCUGCUGGCGGGCGAGAAGCUGCGCGAACUCAUCCUGCCCGGCGCGCAGGACGACAAGGCGGGCGCGCUGGCCGCGCUGCUGCUGCAGCUGAAGCUGGAGCUGCCCUUCGACCGCGUGGUCACCAUCGGCACCGUGCUGGUGCCCAUCCUGCUGGUCACCCUGGUCUUCACCAAGAACUUCGCAGAGGAGCCCAUCUACUGCUACACCCCGCACAACUUCACCCGUGACCAGGCGCUCUAUGCCCGCGGCUACUGCUGGACGGAGCUGCGAGACGCGCUGCCCGGCGUGGACGCCAGCCUGUGGCCAUCGCUGUUCGAGCACAAGCUACUGCCCUACUCGCUGCUGGCCUUCGCGGCCAUCAUGUAUGUGCCCGCGCUAGGCUGGGAGUUCCUGGCCUCCACGCGCCUCACGUCCGAGCUCAACUUCCUGCUGCAGGAGAUCGACAACUGCUACCACCGGGCGGCCGAGGGUCGGGCGCCCAAGAUCGAGAAGCAGAUCCAGUCCAAAGGGCCCGGCAUCACAGAGCGCGAGAAGCGUGAGAUCAUCGAGAACGCGGAGAAGGAGAAGAGCCCCGAGCAGAACCUGUUCGAGAAGUACCUGGAGCGGCGGGGCCGCAGCAACUUCCUGGCCAAGCUGUAUCUGGCGCGGCACCUGCUCAUCCUUCUGCUCAGCGUGGCGCCCAUCUCCUAUCUGUGCACAUACUAUGCCACGCAGAAGCAGAAUGAGUUCACCUGUGCCCUGGGUGAGGCCCCCGAUGGGCCAGUGGGCGGCACGGCCGUGCGGGUCAGCUGCAAGCUGCCCUCAGUGCAGCUGCAGCGCAUCGUGGCGGGCGUGGACAUCGUCCUGCUCUGCUCCAUGAACCUCAUCAUCCUCGUCAACCUCAUCCACCUCUUCAUCUUCCGCAAGAGCAACUUCAUCUUUGACAAGCUGCACAAGGUGGGCAUCAAGACGCGCCGGCAGUGGCGCCGCUCGCAGUUCUGCGACAUCAACAUCCUCGCCAUGUUCUGCAACGAGAACCGUGACCACAUCAAGUCCCUCAACCGCCUGGAUUUCAUCACCAACGAGAGCGACCUCAUGUACGACAACGUGGUGCGCCAGCUGCUGGCCGCACUGGCCCAGUCCAACCACGACACCACGCCCACGGUGCGCGACGUGGGUGUGCAGACCGUCGACCCCAGUGCCAACCCCGCCGAACCUGACGGCUCCACCGAGCCUCCUGUGGUCAAGCGGCCGCGCAAGAAGAUGAAGUGGAUCCCCAGCAGCAACCCGCUGCCCCAGCCCUUCAAGGAGCCGCUGGCCAUCAUGCGGGUGGAGAACAGCAAGGCCGACAAGCCCAAGCCCGUGCGCCGCAAAACAGCCACCGACACGCUCAUCGCGCCUCUGCUGGAUGCUGGUGCCCGGGCCGCGCAUCACUACAAGGGCGGUGGCGGUGGCGGCGGCGGCGGCGACACCACGGCCCCGGCCGGUGACAAGAAGCACGCACGCCACUUCUCCCUGGACGUGCACCCCUACAUCCUGGGCACCAAGAAGGCCAAACCCGAGGCCGUGCCUGCUGCCGCUCUGCCCACCUCCCGCAGCCAGGAGGGCAGCUUCCUGUCGCAAGCCGAGGAGUGCGCACUGGGCCUGUCGGCAGCAGCCACCAAAGACGCCCCUCUCCCAGAGAAGGAAGCCCUGUACACAGCAGAGUCGACCCCCUUCCACGUCUGCUCCCCCGCUGCCGUCCCCACCACCGUCCCGCCGUCCCCCAGCAGCCUGGGCGGGGCCGACCCCCUGACCAUCCUGAGCCGCAACGCCACCCACCCGCUGCUGCGCGUCAGCACCCUAUACGAGGCCCACGAGGAAGAGGAUGGGGCGGGGCGGACCACCCCCGAAGUGGCCAGCCUCAUUGCCAUCCCCCCCGCCCCAGCAGAUCCUCAUCGCCACCUUCGAUGAGCCCAGGACGGUCGUGAGCACUGUGGAGUUCUGAGGGCCUGCAUGACCACGUGCACCCCACCCCUCCCCGUGGACAGGCCUCCGCUUCUCCAGCCUCCCGUCCGCAUGCCACGGGGCCCAGCAUCCCUCCCACCCGGCCUUGGAGGGUCCCGUCGGGCACAAGGAGGGGUGGGGGUAGGCGCUGUGGUGGGAGGCCCCUCCCUGCCCUCCCUGUGCUUGGUGGCAGUGAAGAGUUUAUUUUUUUAGUCGAUUAGGUCUUGGGUCCAGGGUGGCAGCCUGGAAUGGACCGGGCUCCGGCAGAGCAGGAAGGAAUCUGGGUGCUGGCAGCUCCAAGGGCCAUGCUCAGGCACUGUCCCCUGCAGGGUGGCACGCCUCCUGCCCACGGCCCACAUGCACUUUCUCCCCUGCCCCGACAGACGCAUAUUUAUUUUACUACGACUACUGUAA